AUGGCACCGUCCUUCAUUCAUUCGUUAUCUCCCCGCGGGGAGCAUUACAGAACAUCGUAUCUUUCCCUCCGCGGAACUCAGAGCUUGGUGGUCAGUAUCGUCUUCACCAGCCUCGCUACCGUCUUCGUUCUCGCCCGUGUGUACACCCGCACCAAAUUGAUCCAACGGAUGGAGGCCAACGACUGGAUGAUCGUCAUUGCCCUAGCCCUCUCCUUUGUCUUUAUGUCGUUCUUCACCGUCGAAGCCCUCAACGGGAUGGGCAUGCACCUUGUGGACAUCCCCGAGCCAAUUCUCUUGAAGCAAAUGAAGGCUUUCUGGCUCACAAUACCUUUCUACAAUGCUUCGCUCCUCUGUGCAAAGGCGUCCAUCCUCAUGCAAUACUUUCGUGUCUUUCCAUCGCGCAGCAUGCGCCAUACUUGCUGGGUCAUGAUCACCAUCCUUGCCACCUACGGCUCGUGGGCUGUUCUGAGCGCGUUUUUGAACUGUAUCCCUGUCGCUCGAUUCUGGGAUCCUACAAUCCCCGGCUCCUGUCUUAGCUCGAAGGGACUUUGGUUUUCCAAUGCCUCGAUGCACAUCGCAACGGAUCUUGCCAUCUUGAUCAUACCUAUUCCGGCCCUCGCUGCGCUCGAGCUCCCAAGAAAGCAAAGGCUUGCGUUGAUAUCCAUAUUUGCUCUAGGCGGAUUUGUCUGCGUCACCAGCAUCUGCCGCCUCGUUUCCUUGAAGAAGAUCUCCGAUUCCUCAGACCCAACCUACGAUAAUAUAGGCGCCGCUUCCUGGUCGUCGAUAGAAUGCAACACAGGCAUAAUCUGCGCAUGCCUCCCAACCCUCCGCCCACUCAUCUCACGGAUAAUCCCACAACUGCUCUCAUCACUUACAAGCCGGCACCCGCACUCCAAGUCCAAAUCGAAGAACUGCUCCCGCAACCACCUGCACGACAUCAACCCACCGACAUACUGGGGUGUCGCAGGGAUGGGAGGCAUGGGUGUUUCCACGACCAUCACGACGCACAUCGAUGAUCUUGAAUAUGGGAGUUGUGAGGGGGAUGCGGAGCGGUGGGCAGCUCUUCGGGGGACUGGAUUUGGGUUCUCGGGGAGGAUGUCGACGAGGGUUUACGUUGGGAGUAGUAGCAGUAGGGGCCAUGUGCCUGGGGCUGACGGGGUUCGUGGGGAGGGUGAGAGGGAGCAAGACAUUCUCGACUCGAACGCCCUGGCAAACCGUGGAAACAAGGGCCAGGACGAGAAUAGCGACAGGGUAGGCGUCGCCUUCGCCGACGUGGGACCUAACCGGAAAGACAGCGAAGAGUUGAAGAAGGACACCGUGAUUGUGCGCACGGAGGUGAGGAAGGAUUCGACAUCGUCGUCUUCCUCGAGUCCGCUGGCUCGUGGGGAGGACUCCGACUCAUGA